UUUAAUAGCUUUGUCAUGUGACGGGGAACAGUAGUAAGACAGGUGCCUUCGGUUCACUCUCAGAAAGGGUCUCGUUGCCUGCAUGAGUGUCUGCUGCCUGCCUGCCUGCCUCUGGACUGUAGUUUGCCAGCUUUGCUGCCGUCGCUCCGCAGCUGGAUGGCGUGGGACAUGUGCAACCAGGACUCUGUAUGGAGUGAUCUGGAGUGUGCUGCUCUGGUUGGCGAAGACCAGCCUCUUUGCCCAGAUCUCCCAGAACUCGACCUCUCCGAACUAGAUGUGAACGACCUGGAUGCAGACAGCUUUCUGGGGGGACUCAAGUGGUACAGCGACCAGUCAGAGAUCAUCUCCAAUCAGUACAGCAAUGAACCCGCCAAUAUAUUUGAGAAGAUAGAUGAAGAGAGCGAGGCAAACUUGCUAGCUGUUCUCACUGAGACACUGGACAGCAUCCCUGUGGAUGAGGAUGGAUUGCCUUCAUUUGAUGCACUGACAGAUGGAGAUGUGACCAACGAAAAUGCCRCUAGCCCCUCCCCGAUGCCCGACGGCGCCCCUCCAACUCAGGAGGCAGAAGAGCCGUCUCUACUUAAGAAGCUCUUGCUGGCUCCAGCCAACAUUCAGCUAAAUUACAAUGAMUGCAGUGGUCUCAGCACACAAAACCAUGCAAACACUAAUCACAGGAUCAGAACAAGCCCUGUGGUUGUUAAGACUGAGAAUUCAUGGAGCAAUAAAGCGAAGAGCAUUUGUCAACAGCAAAAGCCUCAAAGACGUCCCUGCUCUGAACUUCUCAAAUAUCUGACUACGAAUGAUGACCCUCCUCAGACCAAACCAGCAGAGAACAGGAACAGCAGCAAAGAGAAAUGCACCUCCAAAAGGAAGCCUCAUCUGCAGUCUCAGACAAAUCAUCUGCAAGCCAAACCAACAAGUUUAUCACUUCCAUUGACACCCGAGUCACCAAAUGAUCCCAAGGGUUCCCCAUUUGAGAACAAGACUAUUGAACAAACCUUAAGUGUGGAACUCUCUGGAACUGCAGGCCUAACUCCACCUACGACCCCUCCUCAUAAAGCCAACCAAGAUAAUCCUUUUAGGACUUCACCUAAACCGAAGUCAUCAUGCAAGACUGUUGUACCACCUUCAAAAAAGCCCCGCUAUAGUGAGUCUUCUGGUUCUCAAGGAAAUAACCCAAUCAAGAAGGGUCCAGAACAGUCUGAGCUGUACACACAGCUUAACAAGACUACAGUACUGUCCAGUGGACAUGAGGAGAGAAAGACAAAACGGCCCAGUUUGCGGCUGUUUGGUGACCAUGACUACUGUCAAUCUGUGAAUUCAAAAUCAGAAAUACACAUUAAAAUAUCCCAGGAACUUCAGGACUCCAGACUACUAGAAUUUAAGGAUUCUUCACCUGGGUGGCAGUGUCAGAUUUGUUCUUCUUUAGAACAAGACCAGUAUUUCAAGAAAGAGACUUUACAGACAAAUAAGGAGGGAUCCCAUGGUAAUAACAGAAAACAGCUCCAAGACCAGGAAAUUCGGGCUGAACUGAAUAAGCAUUUUGGUCACCCCAGCCAAGCUGUUUUUGAUGAAGAAGCAGAUAAGACCAGAGAACUAAGGGACAGUGAUUACAGUAAUGAACAAUUCUCCAAACUACCUAUGUUUAUAAAUUCAGGACUAGCAAUGGAUGGUCUGUUUGAUGACAGUGAAGAUGAAAGUGAUAAACUAUGCUACCCUUGGGAUGGGACACAAGCCUAUUCAUUAUUUGAUGUAUCACCUUCUUGUUCUUCUUUUAACUCUCCAUGCAGAGAUUCAGUGUCUCCACCCAAAUCCUUAUUUUCUCAAAGAUCCCAAAGGACACGCUCUGGGUCAAGGUCCUUAUCUCAACGCAGGUCUUGUUCCCGUUCUCCAUAUUCCCGAUCGAGAUCAAGGUCGCCCUGUAGUAGAUCCUCUUCAAGAUCUUGUUGCGAUUAUGAGUCCAGCCACUGUAGACACCGAGCACACAGAAGUUCUCCCUUACGUGGAAGAUCACGGUCCAGAUCACCGUACAGUCGCAGACCCAGAUAUGACAGCUAUGAGGAAUAUCAGCAUGAAAGGCUGAAGAGGGAAGAAUACCGCAAAGAGUAUGAAAAACGGGAAUCUGAAAGGGCCAAGCAAAGGGAGAGGCAGAGGCAGAAAGCAAUUGAAGAACGUCGUGUGAUUUAUCUGGGUAAAAUCAGACCUGACACAACCCGAACAGAACUGAGGGACCGGUUUGAAGUUUUUGGUGAAAUUGAGGAGUGCACAGUAAAUUUGCAGGAUGAUGGAGACAGCUAUGGUUUCAUCACCUACCGCUAUACUUGUGACGCCUUCGCUGCUCUUGAAAAUGGAUACACUUUACGCAGGUCAAAUGAACCUGAUUUUGAGCUGUACUUCUGUGGACGCAAGCAGUUUUGCAAGUCUAACUAUGCAGACCUAGAUUCAAACUCAGAUGAUUUUGAUCCUGCUUCCACUAAAAGCAAGUAUGACUCCAUGGAUUUUGAUAGUUUACUUAAAGAGGCACAGMGGAGCCUGCGUAGGUAACAAGCGUGUCAUCCAAGGAAAACAAAGGGAUGGCGAAUACCUCACGGACAUCACGUCCUUCAAUAACGGACAACUAAAAAGUCGUACUUAGGAAUUUCUCCUACUUUACACUCUGUUCAAAACCAUGGUUUACAUGAACACAGCUGCUCGAGGAGUGGAGGGCAGGAUGCUGUCCAGUAAGCACACGCAUGUCCAUGGGUGUCAGCUUCGCUUUCGCGGGUGAGCGGUGGCGGGGGAGCCGGGCGUUCCUUGCGAGUUCAAUGCAAAUCACGAGACAUGGCAGCAGUUCCACAGAGAUACACGUACAACGAUGAACUGCAAAAUCUGUACAUAUUGCAUUUUAACAAAAAAAGAACAAAAACAAACAGAAAAAAACCCCAGUGUGAGAACUAUGGCUGCUGAUGUCUGGGGAUCAGACACUGCUUUUCUUUUUUUUUGUAAAGAAGCUUCUUCUCACAACAUGGUGAUAAUAUGACAAUCCAGAAGAAACCACAGGUCCCAGAAGCCUACAAUCUGUCUUAGCUUUGUUUUUAGAUUUUUUUUUUUUUUGGUUGGUUUG